CUGGCGCGCCUUUUAUUUUCAGCUUUGCUCUGGAUUCCCGGGGUUUUAUCCGGCGACAGUCUACGCCCGGGAUGGAGCAGCUGGACGAACUGGAGCUGCUGAUGGAGGAGAGUUUCGGGGAGGAGGCUGCGCCGCCGGCGGAACUGUUUCAGAAGGUUGAAGCUUCCUUUUCUAAAACAGUUCUGAGCCAAGGAAUGGAUAACCGUUACCUGGUAUUAGCAGUCAAUAUUGUACAGAAUGAAGAAGGAAACCAUGAAAAGCACCUAAUCAUCACUGCUUCCCAGUCGCUAGAUAAAGAACUGUGUAUCCUUAGGAAUGACUGGUUUUCUGUACCAGUAGAGCCAGGGGACAUCAUUCAUUUGGAGGGAGACUGUGUAUCUGAUACUUGGAUAAUAGAUGAAAAUUUUGGAUAUUUGAUUCUAUAUCCAGAUAUGCUGAUUUCUGGUACAAGCAUAGCCAGAAGCAUUCGAUGUAUGAGAAGAGCUGUCCUCAGUGAAACUUUUAGGAGUUCUGAUCCAGCCACACGCCAAAUGCUGAUUGGUACAAUUCUCCAUGAAGUAUUUCAAAAAGCAGUAAGUGCUAGCUUUGUCCCGGAGAAACUACAAGAAUUUGCUUUUCAAACUGUUCAGGAGAUAAGGCAUCUGAAAGAAAUGUACCGCUUAAACCUGAAUCAAGAUGAAAUAAAACGGGAAGUAGAGGAGUAUCUUCCUUCAUUUUCUAAAUGGGCUGGAGAUUUCAUGCAUAAAUAUACUUCAGCUGACUUCCCUCAGAUGCAGCUCUCUCUGCCAAGUGAUAAUAGUAACAAUAAUUUGACAUGCAAAAUUGAAAUCAUAAACUCACUGGAUAUUGAAGAAAGCAUUUGGUCCCCUAGGUUUGGGCUAAAGGGCAAAAUAGAUGUUACAGUUGGUGUGAAAAUACAUCGAGGAUGUAAAACAAAAUAUAAGAUAAUGCCAUUGGAACUGAAAACUGGCAAAGAAUCAAAUUCUAUUGAACAUCGUAGUCAGCUUGUUCUGUACACACUGCUAAGCCAAGAGAGAAGAGCUGAUCCUGAGGCUGGCCUGCUCCUCUACCUCAAGACUGGCCAUAUGUACCCUGUGCCUGCCAACCAUCUUGAUAAAAGAGAAUUACUAAGGCUAAGAAACCAGAUGGCAUUCUCUUUGUUUCACCGUAUUAGCAAAUCUGAUACUGGAAAGGAGAAGGCAAAGCUUGCUUGUUUGCCCCAGAUAAUUGAAGAGCAACAAACCUGCAAAUAUUGUUCACAAAUGGGCAACUGUGCUCUUUAUAGCAGAGCAGUUGAACAACAGAUGGAUGACAGUUCUGUUCCAAUUGGCAUGCUGUCCAAAAUAAAAGAAGAAACCCAGCAUCUAAAGGUUACACACUUGGAGUAUUUCAGUCUUUGGUGUCUAAUGUUAACCCUAGAGUCAAAAUCAAAGGAUAAUAAAAAAAAUCACCAAAAUAUAUGGUUAAUGCCUGCUUCAGAAAUGGAGGAAAAUGGCAACUGCAUUGGAAACCUAAUCAGAAUAGAACGUGUAAGGACAGUUUGUGAUGGACAAUAUUUGCAUAAUUUCCAACGUAAAAAUGGUGCCAUGCCCAUCACAAAUCUAAUGGCAGGUGACAGAGUUAUUUUAAGUGGAGAAGAGAGAACACUGUUUGCAUUGUCUAGGGGAUAUGUGAAAGAGAUUAACAUGACAACAGUAAUCUGUUUAUUAGACAGGAACUUGUCAGUACUUCCAGAAUCAACUUUGUUCAGAUUGGACCAGGAAGAAAAAAAUUGUGAUAUAGAUACCCCAUUAGGAAAUCUUUCUAAAUUGAUGGAAAAUACUUGCAUCAGCCAAAAACUUCGAGAUUUAAUCAUUGACUUUCGUGAACCCCAGUUUAUAUCCUACCUCAGUUCUGUUCUUCCACAUGAUGCAAAAGAUACCGUUGCCUGCAUUCUAAAAGGUUUGAAUAAACCUCAGAGGCAAGCAAUGAAAAAGGUACUCCUUUCAAAAGACUACACACUCAUCGUGGGCAUGCCUGGAACAGGAAAAACAACUACAAUAUGUACUCUAGUACGAAUUCUCUAUGCCUGUGGUUUUAGUGUUUUGUUGACCAGCUAUACUCACUCUGCUGUUGACAAUAUUCUUUUGAAGUUAGUGAAGUUUAAAAUUGGAUUUUUGCGCCUGGGUCAGACUCAAAAGGUUCAUCCAGGUAUCCAGAAAUUUACAGAGGAGGAAAUUUGCAGAUCAGAGUCCAUUAAAUCCUUAGCCCUUCUAGAGGAACUCUACAAUAGUCAACUUAUAGUUGCAACAACAUGUAUGGGAAUAAAUCAUCCAAUAUUUUCUCGUAAAAUUUUUGAUUUUUGUAUUGUGGAUGAAGCCUCUCAAAUUAGCCAACCAAUAUGUCUAGGGCCACUUUUUUUUUCACGGAGAUUUGUGUUGGUGGGGGAUCAUCAGCAGCUUCCUCCCCUGGUGCUAAACCAUGAAGCAAGAGCUCUUGGCAUGAGUGAAAGCUUAUUCAAGCGGCUGGAGCGGAAUAAGAAUGCUGUUGUUCAAUUAACUGUGCAGUACAGAAUGAAUAGUAAAAUUAUGUCUUUAAGUAAUAAAUUGACAUAUGAAGGAAAGCUGGAGUGUGGAUCAGACAAAGUGGCCAAUGCAGUGAUUAACCUACCUAACUUCAAAGAUGUGAAGCUGGAACUGGAACUUUAUGCUGAUUAUUCUGAAAAUCCUUGGCUGAUUGGAGUAUUUAAGCCAAACAAUCCUGUUUGUUUUCUUAAUAUGGACAAGGUUCCGGCACCAGAACAAGUUGAAAAGAGUGGUGUGAGCAAUAUAACAGAAGCCAAACUCAUAGUUUUCUUGACCUCAAUUUUUAUUAAGGCUGGAUGUAAUCCAUCUGAUAUUGGCAUCAUUGCACCAUACAGGCAGCAGUUAAAGAUCAUCAAUGAUUUAUUGUCACAUUCUUCUGUUGGGCUGGUCGAAGUUAAUACAGUAGAUAAAUACCAAGGAAGAGACAAAAGUAUCAUUCUAGUAUCUUUUGUUAGAAGUAAUAAAGAUGGAACUCUUGGUGAACUCUUGAAAGAUUGGCGACGUCUUAAUGUUGCUAUAACUAGAGCCAAACAUAAACUGAUUCUCCUGGGAUGUGUGCCCUCACUGAACCGUUACCCUCCUUUGGCGAAGCUGCUUAAUCAUCUAAACUCAGAAAAAUUGAUCAUUGAUCUUCCAUCAGGAGAACAUGAAAGUCUUUGUUACAUAUUGGGUGAUUUUCAAAGAAGAUAAAGCUUUUUCCAUACUAGCAUGAUGAUCUCCUUUGACUACUGCCUAUUAUUAGUGAUUUGGGUAUGCUGUAAAGUCAAUGUUUGGUUAGACUGAAGAUACCUCUUAUACUGAGGGUAUGAAAUGAUGUAAAUGAACUCUGUUCACAGUUCUAAUUUUUAAUUUUUUUGGUAGAAUCUUUUUAAGCAUAAAGUUCUAUCACCAUAUAAUAUUUAACACUGUAUUUAUUUUUUCAGGACAGGUCCACCCAAAACUGAAAAGUCUAAACUUAUAGGUACUAUAAAUGUGUUUUGUGUGACCUAGAAAGAAUUUGAUAAAUUUUUACAGCAUUAAGGAUGGAUUAACUUCUGGAUCUAAGAAACUUUUAAGUCUAAAAUUUCAAGACUAAUUUGAUUUUGUACAUUUUUAUAUUUUUGUGUUUUGAAAGAUUAGGUAAGAAAAUUGAUUUGUUUUUCUUAUUUAAGCCCAGUCUUAUGAUGAUGAGAACAUAGGUGUGGUUCUUUUCUGUAUUUUCAGGUCCCUGAUCCAAAGGCCAUUUUGCUGUUUUUUUUUACCCCUGACUUUUGCUUUCUGGUAUCACAUAUGUUUUCACGUUAAACCUAAUCUUUUAAAUGUUAUUUUAAAUUGAUUAUUUCCAAUUGAUUUCUGAUUCCCCCUUUCUCUCCCACUUGUUUUUAGUAUUUAGUGUUAUAUAGUGGAUUUUGAUACAAAAUUCUUUUUCUUCUGAUAAGAAAUUUUGUUUGCUGAAUUGAUGAUAAAUUGAAAAGGUAUAUGCCUGUUUUCACCUAUUUAUGUUCAUAUUCCCUUUUGUUUUGGGGGCAUGGUUCUUUUUGUAUGAAGAUAUUUUGUGAGACAGAAUUACCUCAAAAUGCUUAAUUUAUGCAUAUGGUGAUGGAUUUUAAUCUCAGUGUAUCCAUCUGGGGAGAAAUCUCAUUUAAAGCUUUUUUUUUUAAUGAAUGUUAAAUAUGUUAAAAUUGUUGCUUCUA